AUGGCUACUGAUAAUACCACUGUUUUCGUUUCUGGUGCAACCGGUUUCAUUGCUUUACACAUCGUGAAUGACUUGCUGAAAGCUGGCUAUACAGUCAUCGGUUCAGGGAGAUCCCAAGAAAAAAACGAUGGCUUACUGAAAAAAUUCAAUAAUAAUCCCAAACUAUCAAUGGAAAUCGUAAAAGAUAUUGCUGUUCCAAACGCCUUUGACGAAGUUUUCAAAAAGCGUGGUAAGGAAAUUAAGAUUGUGUUACACACUGCUUCUCCAUUCCAUUUUCAAACUACUAACUUUGAAAAAGAUCUUCUAACUCCUGCAGUCAACGGUACAAAAUCUAUUUUGGAAGCGAUCAAAAAAUAUGCUGCCGACACUGUUGAAAAAGUCGUUAUUACUUCGUCUACUGCUGCUCUUGUGGCACCCACAGAAAUGAGCAAGGGAGACUUGGUAAUUACCGAAGAAAGUUGGAAUAAGGAUACUUGGGAGAGUUGUCAAGCCAAUGCCGUUGCCGCAUAUUGUGGUUCGAAAAAGUUUGCUGAACAAACCGCUUGGGAUUUCCUUAAGGAAAACCAAUCAAGUGUCAAAUUCACACUGUCCACUGUCAAUCCAGGAUACGUCUUCGGUCCUCAAAUGUUUGCUGAUUCGCUAAAACAUGGUAUAAAUACCUCCUCAGGUAUCAUAUCCGAAUUGAUCCGUUCCAAGGUAGGUGAAGAAUUUUUUAAUUACUGUGGCCCAUUUAUUGACGUCCGUGACGUUUCUAAAGCUCACUUAGUCGCAAUUGAAAAACCCGAAUGUGCUGGCAAAAGGUUAGUCUUGAGUGAAGGUUUAUUCUGCUCUCAGGAAGUCGUUGACAUUUUAAACGGGGAAUUCCCGCAAUUAAAGGGCAAGAUAGCUACAGGUGAACCUGCAAGCGGUCCAGCCUUUUUGGAAAAAAACUCCUGCAAGUUUGACAAUUCUAAGACAAAGAAAAUAUUGGGAUUCAAGUUUUACAAUUUAAAGGAUUGCAUAGUUGAUACCGCAGCACAAAUGCUAGAAGUGCAAAGUGAAGCCUAA